AUGCCCCCCCAGGAGCUACUGGAUUAUUCGCCCACCUUGAGAAGAUGCAGCACCCCCAGCAGAGGCAGCGGCUCCGAGCUGGGCAUCAAGUGUGUCCUCAUAGGAGACGGGGCAGUCGGCAAGACCAGCCUCAUUGUCAGCUACACAACCAACGGAUACCCAGACCAGUACCAGCCCACGGCGCUGGACACCUUCUCAGGUAAGCAGAGCGGAACCUGGGCAGCUCCUUCCUUCCUGAUAUGUGUUGGGGUACAUGUUGCCACAAUGGGGUACAUGGUGGUCUGUUGUCAUUUUGGCACUCUGCGUUCUUGACUAAUUGCCACAAGACCUUUCGCAGUGACAAGUGGGAUACAAAGUUCAUAAUUAAUAGAUCAAUGGCAUGUGUGACAAUUGAGAUAUAUUGAGAUGUAUAUUAUUGAGAUAUAUAUCGAGAUACAUAUUAUUAAACUGCUGGCUUAAAUGACUGUUUUAUUAGAAUAGGAUGUUGUAAUUUAAUAUUGUUUGCAAUGUAAGAAGUCUGAGUCGGGAUUAAAAAAUAUAUACAUACAUAUUAAGAAGCAAUUAAGUAAGCUGCAAAGGAUUGCUUUUUUCUCUCCCCCCCCCCAUGCCUUUAACAGUAGCAUGGGAGGCAGAAAUUCACCAGGUGAAGCUAUCUCCAGCAGGCAGAUGCACAGACAGGGAAAACUUUGCCUACUGAAUAUCUCCUUUCAAAUGGGAGUUUUGCCAGAAGAAAAUGAGGGGGAGGCCUACAUGUGUUCUCUGUUCCAAGCAAAGACUUUUGGAUCUUCUCUUCUUGGGUGUAAUUGGAGUUUUUAGUGGAGGGGCUGCAGCUGCAAACAACCAGCCUUCUGAGCCCAGUAUCAUAUCAUAUCAAGCCAGUUGCAGCAAUCGGAUGGUGUUCAUCUGUAAAGGAAAUAGAUUGGGAAGCAAUUUAACCUGAUCCCUUACAAAACUUCAUUGGCACCACAACCCCAAUGCAUGUCUGCUCUGAGAAGUUAAGUGGCACUUCCUCCCAGAAAAGCUGCUUUCCUAUAAAUGCUUAGUACAGUGGCCUUCUUUGCCUGUUGCUUUAAGCCACAGUUAAACUUAGCUAUGCGCUGGUGCAGGCGAGGUUGGGGGAAAGGGAAGGAAUUACAGUGGUACCUCAGGUUAAGAACUUAAUUCAUUCUGGAGGUCCGUUCUUAACCUGAAACUGUUCUUAACCUGAGGUACCACUUUAGGUACCAUGUGGGUGGCGCUGUGGGUUAAACCACAGAGCCUAGGUAGGGCUUGCUGAUCAGAAGGUCGCCGGUUUGAAUCCCCGCGACGGGGUGAGCUCCCGUUGCUUGGUCCCUACUCCUGCCAACCUAUUAGUUCGAAAGCACGUCAAAGUGCAAGUAGAUAAAUAGGUACCGCUCCAGUGGGAAGGUAAAUGGCAUUUCCAUGCGCUGCUCUGGUUCGCCAGAAGCGGCUUAGUCAUGCUGGCCACAUGACCCGGAAGCUGUACACCAGCUCCUUUGGCCAAUAAAGUGAGAUGAGCACCGCAACCCCAGAGUCGUCCGCGACUGGACCUAAUAGUUAGGGGUCCCUUUACCUUUACCACUUUAGCUAAUGGGGCAUCCCGCUGCCGCCACCCCGCCACCCCACGAUUUCUGUUCUCAUCCUGAAGCAAAUUUCUUAACCCAACGUACUAUUUCUGGGUUAGCGGAGUCUGUAACCUAAAGUGUCUGUAACCUAAAGCGUCUGUAACCCAUGGUACCACUGUACAACCACUUCAUUCAUUGAAGUUUGGUGGGCUUGUGGUUUGUGUCUCUACAGAUAAACCAUGAACUGUCACCAAGGUUUGUUCAUGGUUUGGGAGAGAAAAACCCGAGCCCUGGUUUGGUUGUAAAGCUAAGCCAAACCAUGGCUUAGCUCCUGGUAGCAGGGCAGCAACAAAAGCUUUACCUUUAAACUAUAAUUAAGCUUCCGUGUGAUUUAAAGUGAUGUGUGAAUGAGGCCAUUAUUUAAAGCACCAGUAGCCAUAUGUAUCUUACACAGUCCCACCAAUAUUGAAUCAGUGUCAAUAUCUUUAAGAGGUUUUGAAAGAAAAUUAAAAAGCUGUCAAGUGGACACAUCUUGAACCCUUAAAAAAAAAAUACAAAGGAAACAGGUUUGGUCUUCUACCCGAAACAUGGGUGGCAGCACUCUCGCUUAGCUAACUGUGGAAGACUGUUCAACUGGUUUUGGGUGUUUCUAAUUGGGAGAGUAAACCUCAAGAGAUUGUGUUUCCAGUUCAAGCAUAGGAAAAGAGGAGAGAGCAGUUGUGACAUUUGAAGCUGUGUUAGUAAUUCAUUUAUUAGGAUGAAACUCCCCAUAGCACGUGGGGCUGGAUUGCCUUAAGCUCUGUACAGACAGGAGGUUUCCCACACUGCAGCUCAUGUGAUAGGGCACUGAACUGGAAAUGCAGGAAGGAUCAUAUGGAAGGUAGAAAAAGAAGUAGACAUUUGGAGGGAUUGCUUGCCAACUGACAGAACAUGCUCUGAGUUCUGUACUUCUUAGGGAAUAAGAUCAGGCAUGAUUUUACUAUGGUAGCAUACAUUUCCACUGGAACAGUAAAGUGGUUAGAGUGUCAGACUAGGACCUGGGAGACCAGGCUUCAAAUUCCCACCCAGCCAUGAAGCUCACUGGGUAACUCUGGGCCAGACACUGUCUUUCUCAGCCCAACCUACCUCACAGGGUUGUUGUGGGGAUUAAAUGAGGCAGGGAAGAACCAUGUACACCAUCCUGAGCUCCUUGGAGAAAAAAGUGGAGAUCUGAAUCCUGAUCUCCCAGGUCCGAUGCUCUAACCACUACUCCAUACCACUACUCAGUAUGUUUCACAGUAAAAUACCAAGCAUUAAACAACUUCCCUAAACAGGGCUGCCAUCAGAUGUCUUCCAAAACCCAGAGAAUUUUUUAUUUCCUUGACAUCUGAUGGGGUGGUGUUCCACAGGGCAGGAGUGACUACUGAGAAGUCCCUCUCCUUUGUUUCCUGUAACCUCACUUCUCGCAAUGAGGGAACCGCCAGAAGGCCCUUGGAGCUGGAUCUCAUGACAUGGGUGGAGACUCUUCUUCAGAUAUACAGGGUCAAAGCCAUAGGUGUGAGUCGUGCACCUGGGGAACCACCAAUGAGGGAAAUCACCCCCUCUCCCUGCCAAAAGUCUCUGCCAGUAUAAUACGGGAUCAGGAAGUCCCUGAGAUGUUCUGGACCCAAGUUGUUAAGAUACCAAGUUUGUUUGUUCUUCUAUUUGGAAAGUCCAAUUUCAUCAUUGUUAUGGUCAACAGAUGCAUUUUCAAAAAAUGGAAGUUAAUAUUUAUUCAUUUAUAUAUUACAUUUCUUUCCUGCCAUUCCUCCUAAAGGGACAACAAAUGCAUUGGUGUUGAAACAGUGCAAAAUUAAGCACCUGGGCUUAUUUAUUUCAAACACAAUCCUCUUUCUUUCAAUAUUAAGAAUGAAUUUUAGGCUUCAAAAGGAUUUCAUUAGAACACUAGCUGUUGCCAUGUGUGUCUAAAUUAUCUGGCUCCCUGUCUUUUCAUCCCAUUGGGGCCUGCCCUGCCCCACACUCUCUCAAGGCUCUUCAAAGGCCAUUAGUCCCCGCCUCAAGAGAGUUUCUGUCAGUCUGGAUGCCUUGUAAGGAGAAGGGAGCAAAAGGCACAGUGGGUGAGAACCAGGUGUGAGGACUCUCCUAGUAUUGCCUGUGAAUUGCAUAGGCAAAGAGAUUACCUGUGGAAAGAGGAGGGAGUGUUUAUUGUAUCUCUAAUUGGGAUGGAGAAUUUCGGGUGCCAGGAGGCAGCUGUGUGGAAUGAUGGUUCCAAAGUCAAAAAGGGAUUGGAACAUUCUUGGGUCUUAAAAGACUGUAGCAGAUUUCACACUGGAACCCUGCACAAAAUGUCAACCAAACAUUUUUGAUGAAGUAGGCCAUUGCCUUUAAGGUAUCAGGGCACAAUGCGUUUUCCUUGCAGCCUUCCUUAACCCAUGCUGCAAAGGCUGCAAUCCCAUGCAGGCUAACUUGAGAGCCAGCCCUAUUGAACACAUUGGGAUUUACUUCUGAGUAAACAGGGUGUUCUUGGACAGUGUUCUCGAAGCUACCAACAUGAGUUUGACCAAACUGUGGGAGGCAGUGGAAGACAGGAGUGCCUGGCGUGCUCUGGUCCAUGGGGCCACGAAGAGUCAGACACGACUAAACAACUAAACAACAACAAACAGGGAGAGGAUGGGGGUUUAGAAAGAAAUGGCUGCAAUCCAUUUACCUGAGAGUAAAGCCCAUGGAAUUUUAUUUGUUUUUUUAAUUGUACCUGAAGUCUGCUCUUCACCAAAUGUUCCAGGGCAGCUUACCAACCAAUCAAUCAAUCAAUCAAAUAAAAAUUCAAGGAUAAAACCAUUGCAAAUCGGAAAACGAAAUCGCAAAAUUCUGAAGCUCUCUUUUGAAACAGUCAGAAAAUGAUUUGGUAUCAAUUUGGUUAGGUUCCGCUAGCCCCUUUGAAAGUUUCCAAAAAGUCUGUCUCUCUAUAUUUUGGAAACAGUGGUAGUAUAUCAGCCUGCAAUAAGUAGAACACAUCUUGACAGAUAUUUGGGGCAGCUGUGGGAGUAAAGGGUGUACAUCUCAAGCAUGUUUUAAUUGAGCUGCUUGAAGUAGGGUAAAAGGGGUGGAGCAAGUAAAGAAACUAAACCUUAGCUAAACUAGGCCCCAGUUUGAAUCUCACCUCUGCUCUAAUCUCACUAGAUGGCACUCUCUUUUGCUUAGCCUCCUGUCUACAUAAUGAAUGGGGUGACAAAUCUAUCUUACAGGAUGGUUGCAAGGAUUAUGUAUUUGAAAGACUUUGAACGCUUUAAAGUGCUGAGUAGAAUUGAGGCUGACUUUUACCUUAGGAUCUGGCUGUAAAACAGUUUCACCUUUUAUUUUAUUUCUUUCAUUAUUUAUAAAAUAUUUACAUACAGCUUGGAAUAUGCAGAAAUGGUGAAACUUACCAGAAGAAUAAGUAAUCAAGAUAAAAAAAAUAAAAUAAAAUAAAAUAAUGAAAAUGGUUUAUUGAAUAUUUACACAUAAAUUAUAAACAGAUAAAAACUUUGGCAGCAUUAUUGUAACAACCUGCAGUUUUAUAAGAGUAUAUAUUUAAAGAAGAUGAAUAAAUGAGUAAAUUAAUUUAAUUUGGAUAUGCAGAAGAUACUUUUUUUAAAAAAAAUUAAGGAACCACAGAAAGAGGGGGCGGUAAGUCAAGUUUUGAAAUGUCAAAAUGAAUGUAAAAUUAAUGAAAUGUAUACACUUGUAAAGUAUAAAUAAAUAAAUAAAAUGGGAAAAAAAUUAUUUACACCCAGAUAGUCAUAAAAAAAAUAUCAGAGCGGUUUACAACAAUUAUACAUGAAACCAUACUAUAGAAGCCAUAUAAAAUAUGUAUUCUUAAUUGCCUGCAUAAGCCUCACUGAACAGAAAAGUUUUCAGCAGGCAUUUAAAGUUGAACCUUCCCCCUACACUGCACAUAGAUUCCCCUAGAAAAAUGAGUAGUCUAGUGCAAAUAGGCUGAGAAUGUCUGGAGGCGAUAUCUCUGUUCUUUUAUUUGGGAGCAUGUGUAAUGUUUAGAUGGCAGGCAGACUGUGACUAAGACAGCAAAGACACCAAUUUCAUAUGUCAGCGGUCAUUCCGCUGGUGGUCAUUUAGUAGAAUCAUUCAUCUUUUUUCAGGUUUCACCUGUUGCUUUUAUUGUUGUGUUUUACUGAAUUGAUCUGUUAUUUUCUGCACUGUCCUGAAAUCUUAAUAUGGUUGAGGGGAGUAUAUAAAUGUUCAGGGGCAAACCUAGUGGUUGGUUAGGUUGCCACCGCUGCGCCACCCCCCACCCCCGGGGUACUGGUCAGGGGGGACGGCAGCACAGAAAUCUCGCCUCACGCCUCUCCACUUUUUGAGUUUCUGGUCCAUGUUCUCACCUGGCUUCAGAGGCGCCACUACAAUUCCUGGCCAAGGGUGCAAAGGAGCCUCACUUCUUCAGCUGAGAAGCAGUUUCCUUACACUGGCAACUGUGUGGGGGCUGGGUAUUUACUGGUAAUAUUGUGAAGGCUGUGACGGCUUUGCUCCACACCCAAUUCGACACAGCUGAUCGCUAACCUUUGGGAGACCAGGCAAGGCCUUAUCCUGAUUAGGGGCUAUUGUAUAUGACUAUCUUCCUGAUCUUCAAAUUUAUUUGCAAGAUAUGGCAACAACAGCUUAAUUGCUCUUUCUGCCCUGUGCCUCCUUGUUCCCGGUGCUCACAGAACAGGCUUUGCAAUCUUCUUUCUGAAAUGUGUUUGUUUGUUUUUGACACUCCUCCAAGGACUCAAGGCAGGAUACAAUGCACCCUUAUCUCGUUUUCUUCUUCACACAAUAGCAGCCCGAGAGAUAGUGACUUAUCUAAAGAUAGCCAAUGAGUUUUCAUAGGUAAGCACUUAUUUGAUCCCUGGUUCCCAUGCCCACGCUAUGUCCACACUCUGCUAGGGUGGCCAUCUGCCCUGCUUUACAGAGGAAUGGUCCUCUGUUGAAAGGUGCCCGUCCUUUCAAGGGCUGCCCAGUCCAAAUCUGGUUUAAAGACUAAAAAAGCCCAUCAGAAAGUACAACUGGGGUCUUGGAGCUGCCCUUCAACACUGAAAGCAGCUGGGCAGCAGACAUGUGUUGUAUUCAUAUUUAAAUAAUAGUAAUUAAUUUUAAAUCUGUAGUAUAUGCACAGGUUAUCUGAAUCGUUUUUUGUUGUUGCAUUUCUUCUUUUUGGUGAGGCAUAAGUGGCCCCCACCACAAGUGACUAUUCACUGCACCUUCGAGGGGCUGCCUCAAAUUAGGGUCCAUAAGGACAUUGUCAUGAGUUCUGCCUUCCAGGCCAAGCUGCAAUACAUGGCUAAACUUAAAUUAUCAUCUUAUGAGCAAGAAAAGGUCUGAGCCACAUGGUCAAAUCUUAUCAGCUAUACACCUGAAUAAGUUGUCUAAAAAAACAACCUCACUGGAGUUUCCCUCCACAAGCUUCUCAAUAGAUUUGUCCUUUUUUUUUUAAUGCACUGUCCACUGACCUUCUGUCAGGGUUAGGCUUCUCUUAUGGAAAUAAUCACGUUUUCCCAGAACCCAAAUUAUAAUGUUUGGAGGCUGUCUGCAGGCAGCACAUCUUUGUUGUGUGAACCACACACACAAACACACACAUGUAGGCUUGCAACAAGGCUAACACUCAUGGGAAGUGCCUGCCUUUAAAAUACAGUGGUACCUCUGGUUACGAAUGCUUCGGGUUACGAACUCCGCUAACCCGGAAGUAGUUGCUCCUGGUUGCAAACUUUGCCCCAGGAUGCGAGCGGAAGUCGCGCACCGGCAGCAGUGGGAGACCCCAUUAGUGAAAACUCAUCUCAGGAUAAGAAUGGUUCCAGCUUAAGAACGGACCUCCAGAAUGAAUUAAGUUCGUAACCAGAGGUACCACUGUAACAGAUCAUGAGUAGUAAGUGCCAUUACCUUCUCCCUGGUAAGUGACUAGAGAGAAGAUAAUGGCAUUCGACAAAGUAAAUUUAUGUAUAUAUUGUUACUAUCCACAGCACCUCCACCUAAUAAGGAUUCAGUUUCAAUUUGUGGCCCUCGUCCAGCCCAUCACUGACUCUACACACUGGCCGGCCUGGCUUCCCUGAUUCAGAUGCAAGUGAAAUACAGAGUGGGUGUCAUCUGCAUAUUGAUGAAGCCACACUCCAAACCCCCAGCACCACCCAGCAGUUUCAUGGAAGCAUUUAAUAAGACAAGAUGGGGACGUGGGUGGCACUGAGGUCUAAACCACUGAGCCUCUUGGGCUUGCCAAUCAGAAGGUCAGCGGCUUGAAUCCUUGCGAUGGGGUGUGCUCCCAUUGCUCUGUCCCAGCUCCUGCCAGCCUAGUAGUUCGAAAGCAUACCAGUGCAAGUAGAUAAAUAGGUACCACUGCGAUGGGAAGGUAAAUGGCAUUUCUGUGAGCUCUGACUUCCGUCAAAGUGUUCUGUAGUGCCAGAAGCGGUUUACUCAUGUUGGCCACAUGACCUAGAAAGCUGUCUGUGGACAAACACCGGCUCACUCGGCCUGAAAACGGAGAUGAGCACAGCACUCCAUAGUCAAAUUUGACUGGACUUAACCAUCCAGGCCAUAAAGAAGGCUGAUCGCCGUAGAAUUGAUGCUUUUGAAUUAUGGCGCUGGAGGAGACUCUUGAGAGUCCCAUGGACCGCAAGAAGAUCAAACGCAUCCAUUCUGAAGGAAAUCAGCCCUGAGUGCUCACUGGAAGGACAGAUCGUGAAGCUGAGGCUCCAAUACUUUGGCCACCUCAUGAGAAAAGAAGACUCCCUGGAAAAGACCCUGAUGUUGGGAAAGAUGGAGGGCACAAGGAGAAGGGGACGACAGAGGACGAGAUGGUUGGACAGUGUCCUCGAAGCUACAAACAUGAGUCUGACCAAAUUGCGGGAGGCAGUGGAAGACAGGAGCGCCUGGCGUGCUCUGGUCCAUGGGGUCACGAAGAGUCGGACACGACUAAACGACUAAACAACUAAACAACAACAAACAAACCAUCCAGGAGUCCUUUACCAGUGUGGUGUAGUGGUUAAGAGCAGUGGACUCGUGAUCUGGUGAACUGGGUUCGUGUCCCUGCUCCUCCACAUGAAGCUGCUGGGUGACCUUGGGCCAGCCACACUUCUCUGAAGUCUCUCAGCCCCACUCACCUCACAGAGUGUUUGUUGUGGGGGAGGAAGGGAAAGGAGAUUGUUAGCCGCUUUGAGACUCCUUAGGGUAGUGAUAAGGCGGGAUAUCAAAUCCAAACUCCUCCUCCUCCUCCUCCUCCUCCUCCUCCUCCUCCUCCUCCUCUUCUUCUUCUUCUUCUUCUUCUUCUUCUUCUUCUUCUUCAAUACAAGAUGAAUCCCCACAGUGCACCACAGCAUAAAUGCUAUGAGGCUAAGCAGAAAAUCUCCAAUGCUAUUCUCUGGUAAUGGUCCUAUUGAUAGAAACAGCGCCACCGUAACACAGUGCCCCCAUUUCCUACGCCAGGAAGAUACUAUGGUCAGUGGUAUGAAACAUAGCCAAGACGUCCAACAGACUCAACUGGGUACCAUUCUGUCUGUCACUCUCCCAAAUAUAAUCAACCAGGGUGACCAAGGCUGUUUCAAUGCUAUAUUCAAAUCUGAAGCCAAGCUGAAAUGGGUGCAGAUAAUCUGCUGUAUCCAGGGAUAGCAGCCACCACACAAUCACCCUGCCCAGGAAGUGAUUAUUGCAACUGGGUGGUAGUUAUCUAAACUUCAGGUUCUGGGGAUACCAUCAUCAGGAGGGGAUGCACCACUGUAUCCUUCAAUGCAGUGGGCAUCUUCUCCAUAAGUGAGAGAUUAAGUGCUCCCUAUAGACAUCUAGUCAAUCCAUCUCUGCUUAAAAGGCAUGAUGGGCUAUGGCCAAGAGAGAAUGCAAUGGGCCUGAUCCCUUCCAGGGUCCUGUCCCUCCUCAGGCAGCAACAACUGAUCUCACAAGCUUCAAGCAGACAGUGCUCUAAGCACCUUCACAGGACUUGCAUUAACUGGGCAGCAAGUGAAAUAGAAUAAUAAUAAUAAUAAUAAAAUAAUUUUAUUUAUAUCCCGCCCUCCCUAGCCGAAGCCGGGCUCAGAGCGACUAACAACAUUAAAAUGAUACAACAUUCUAAAAUCAUUUCAUUAUGUGGAUAUGUGGAUACGAGCAAUUUUGCUGAUUGCUGUCAAAGGCUGCUUUGCUAUGGUUAUCUGCUUUCUCUUCAGGGCUGGAUUUCAACAGCCCAUUCACCACUUGGAAAAGCAACACUGGGCAGUCCACCGAGAAGGCAUACAGUGUACAAAGACAGCCCCAUGGUUAUCAUGUCCUGAGGCAGAGCAGAAAAUUGGCCCUAAUACAGAUCUUGGUCCAUGACACAAACAACCUAGAGAGAACCUCUGCUAACUUCAGACGCAGGGAGGCUGCGUCAAGAAGUGGGGUGGGUGCUACAUCACCAACACCCCAGGCUGCUCUGUAGCUCAGCCCCUCUGGUGCAGAUUCUCAUAUCCAGUUCCCAGACAGGCUUCCUGGUGAGAAAUUAGUUUCCCAUGCAUACAGGUUGAGAUCUGAGCUACCGAUAACCUGUCAUUUCAAGUUAGUUCGUCACUCAGGGUCAGAAAUAUGCAUAAAUAUUGACCUUCAACCACCAAACUAUCCUGUUUAGCCUGCUUCUCCGUUAUGCUGAAAUUCUUCCAUUGCGUAUAGGAGGGGCCAAUGCAAGGUUUAAACUUAGAGAGUCCUACAAAAUUGUAGUGAUGGGGGAGUAAAGAAGCAAACUUCCUCAUACCGAGGUGCUGUGCAUUAUACGCUUGGCCAAAUGCAUUUGGAUGCCCUGAAAUGGGGGUCACAGUUCUGCACCUUUUCACACUGCCACCACGUACCAUAAUUCACGAAUGAACCCCGUGUUCCUUCCCUCUCUCCCAACUUCUUUCUCUUUCCUCUUUCCUGAUUCUUUUCCAGUUGGGCUUCACCCUGGUAAGGAGAGGGAGAUAAGCACAGGUAGUUACUAAAGAAAUGUGUGUGAUUUUCCUCCUUUAGCAAAAUGGAGGGCAGUAAUAGUUGAAGGACUGUCCUGAAACCACCUAGCCCAGGGUUUAUCUGACUGGGGCUGGUAGGAGUUGGAUCCUAAUAGCAAGUGGAAGGCCACAGAUUCCCCCAAACCUGAUGUACAGGGUAGGCUGCAAAGUGACAGAAUCAAUAAAGCUCUAGGGAACUCACGGUCUGUAUCCUAUUGGUUCACAGUUCUCACAUGAAUUUCUGAUAAAGUAUUUGGGGCAGUAUACAACUACCACAUCCUGUUGGUGCCUUUAUUUCCGCUUGCUCAACAGGACACCCCCCCCCUACACACGUCCUGCAUCCUCCCUCAAACACUGCGCAUGCCAGUUAUUUAUUUCCCAGUUAACCCCCACCCAUGGGAUUGGCAAAUACUUAGAAAUGAAACACCAAGAGGGAAAUGCUCAGCAUUUUGAAGAUCAAAGUAGAAUCUUUUGACCAGGAACAGGUUUCUCUUCUUUCUCUGUAGUUACGAGAUAUUAAUGGGGCUCCCAGCCAUAAGGAAGUGAUGUAUUUCACACCAGCUCUUCUGAUGGCUGAAGAGGCACUCUAGGACCUUGAGCUAUCCCUGCCUCUCUCUUUUUUAACCUGUUUUUGCGCUUGUUCGGAGCCAUUUUUAAACCCCCUUCUCACCCAACACAGUGGCAGGCAAAGAUGUUCAUUGCGCUCCAAACAUUGAACCCUAAAAUUCAAUAAGGAAACCUCUAUUUUCACCUGGUCACAUGAUAAAGAUGCAACCAUGUGUGGGGAUAUUCAGGGUUGGCCCAAUAGGUUUCACUGUGUGAAGGCCUUGCGUAGACCCAGAUAUGUUCCAUCUGGCACAUGGCCCCUUAGAAAGAAAUAGGAGACCAGCUCCUGAAGGUGAGGCCUAGCUGGAAGAGUUUGUUGCUACCCUUUGCAGAAUCCUAGGCCUCAUCAAGAAAGACAUUGCACGUUCCUUUGUAAUUCAUGAAAAUCAUAUAUUCAUAUAUAUAUAUAUGCUUAAUUUACCAUUAACUCUGUCAGUAAUAUGUUCAUACAUAAACAGCAAGGGGCAAGACAUCCACCAGCGUAGUCCUGAGUGGGGAAUCUGAUGCCCUGCUAACAUUGUUGGACUUCAACUCCCAAUACCCCUGACCAUUCCAGUGACCCUGCUUUUGUAUCUGUUUUGCCACAUUGAGCCAACCAAAGUGUUUUGGCUUUCCCUAUGUCUCACUUGCUACCUUUAACACCUUGGCUGCACUUCAAGGAAUAUCCAAGCCCAGCCCAGUUGACAGCUUGGAGGCCUUCAGUCCCUAGGAGCCUGCCUGGCCGCUGAGGCAGCAUGUAAUGAAAUUACUGCAGUGAAAACUGUUGGCUCCUUUCUAAUUGUCCCAUGCCUAAGAGGAGUUUGUACUCCAUUUUUCUUUAAUCAAAAUCCCCUAACCUACUUAUUUAAUAUUUAAACUACUGUGGGAUCUUCAACAGUAACUUUGAAUGUAUCUUACUGCCUUUCCGUGGUGCAGGAUUUUCCACAAAUACAGUGGUACCUCGGGUUAAGAUCUUAAUUCGUUCCGGAGGUCCAUUCUUAACCUGAAACUGUUCUUAACCUGAGACACCACUUUAGCUAAUGGGGCCUCCCGCUGCUGCACAAUUUCUGUUCUCAUCCUCAAGCAAUAUUCUUAACCUGAGGUACUAUUUCUGGGUUAGCGGAGUCUGUAACCUGAAGCAUCUGUAACCUGAGGUACCACUGUAAUGCACUGUGACUGUGCUGUUUUGUUCUCUUGUCUCCGUUUCAGUACGUUUCUGUUUUUCUGCAGUCCCAAAAUGCUCCUUGAUUACGUAGUCCCAAAACGCCUGUUUAUCCUUUGAUGCAUUUGCAGGUCUCUCCUCAAACUUGUGCUUCUGAGAAUGGAGAUCUCACAUUUUCUAAGUGCUCAAUGUGCAAUAUUUUGUAGCUGGAAAAAUUAGUGGUUCCCCCCUCCUCCAUUCAUGGGAACGGCUAUUGCAGAGGUAGCCAAAGUGUCAGUGGGGGUGGUGUCCUCUGGGUACAACCUCCCUCCCCCUCAACACAUAAAGUUUUAUUUAUUUUUAAAUUGGACAUUUCACCACACUCCCUCUUUCCUGUGUGGGAGUGCACAUCUCACCAUGGAAAAAAAGGGAAAGAAAGGACUGAACAAAGGCACCAUCUAGUUGCUCCAUUGUCAUUGAGAUUCGGGGUGGGGUGGGGAAGGAGCUGAGACACAGGCGAAAAUGUGAUCAGGGCACCCUUUGCCCCACUGCACUGAAAGGCCCCAAGGAAGGGAGAGUUAUUUUGCUCAGUAGAUCAAUGUAAAUUCUGAAGCAGGGUUGUUUGUGGUCACCUGCUAAUGGCAUAAAGCCUGAGAAAAGUUUAACCCUGUCUCUCUACAAAAUAAAGAACCCAUACACACCCCAGCUGAGGAAAGGACACAGUGGCAAUAUCACUAGUUGGUGCUAAGUAUGGGCUAUUGUUGCCUUUAGCACAGGAUGUCUGCUUCUCUUGAUUACACACUCCUGCUAAUUAUGCAUUUUGUCUUGGGUUGUUGUUUUUCUUUAUUACCCUGUCUCUACAUUCUCUGUAAGCUACCCCCAAUAUCUAUUAAUGUUCCAGAGAUUGUGUUGCUCACAGCUUCACUUUGUAACAGUUAGUUUAAUGCAGCUCAAGGUAGAUGAAACUUAAAAAAAACAUUCCUCCAUGGUAUAUUUCCCUUCAUCAGUCAUUCCAUUUGCAUAUUGUCACACACACUCCCUUACAUGGUCUCAUCUGUGUUGUUCUUUGUCUCGUGAAGAGAAGCUACAAAACUGUGGCAUACUUCCAGUGGGGGCUGGCUCCCAUUGGGACUGGUGGGGUGGAAGGCAGAGAGGACAACAGUAAAUGGAGUCAAAGCCAAUGACAGGCAGAGCCAACUACUUAUCCUAGAAGCAUAAAAUUGCAGAGUUGGAAGGGCUCCUGAGGGUCAUCCAGUCCAACUGCAAUGAAACCUAUACCAGGGUGGGCAGAGAGCUCUCCUUCACUGAAAGUCUUCAAACAGAGGCUAGACCGAGAUGCUCCCUAGCUCUGCAUUUCUGCACUAACCAGAAAACUGGACAAUACAGUGGUACCUCAGGUUAAGUACUUAAUUCGUUCCGGAGGUCUGUACUUAACCUGAAACUGUUCUUAACCUGAAACACCACUUUAGCUAAUGGGGCCUCCUCCUGCUGCUGCUGCUGCCUUGCCGCCGGAGCACGAUUUCUGUUCUCAUCCUGAAGCAAAGUUCUUAACCUGAAGCACUAUUUCUGGGUUAGCGGAGUCUGUAACCUGAAGCGUAUGAAACCUGAAGCAUAUGUAACUUGAGGUACCACUGUAUUAUAUACAAGGGCCCCUUCUGCGUUAUUCUGCAGUGUUUCCAUUUGAAAAUAGAUGUAGGCGGUCCUGGCUAUGGAGGGUGUAUCCGCAUCUGUGCAAUGACGUAGUUAUACCAAGAUAACAAUCACCACUUCCUCCUUUCUUUAUCUGGGGCAUGUGCAGGGAGGAAAAGGCAUGGAUAACCAAAUCAAGGGCAAGGUUUUCAAAUGCGCAUCAAGUAACUACAUCCACCCAUCCUUGUGGAUGAUCUAGUAUAAACCGAGGUUGAAAACAUCAUGUUGAGUUCAGACAUGAAUGAUUCCAGACUGAGAGAACUUUGUGUUUGUGCUUCAAAUGGGAUAGUGUAUACGCAGCCUAAGUCACUGGGAUUUGUGCACUAGUGGAAGAAAACUGGCCUGCUGCAAAGGGAUUGCACGAAACCUGCAAGGGAGAGGCCUUUGUAUUGAAAUCCAAACUUGCUAGGUUGGUUUGUUGUUUUUUAAAACCAUACUGCAAUUAUGGAACAGUGUUGUUGCAAACAUUGCACAAAUAAUUCACCACCAGUACAGUUUCGCUGUUGACAGUAAACUACACUGGCUAUUUAUGGCUGGUUCCAUCCCUUCAUUAGUGUGGCAGCAAAAGAAGGGAGUAGCUGGACAUAUGGAGGAACGUUUGCUUUUCAAAUGGCUGCUUUUUGACACUGUGCAGCUCCUCACAUUCAAAGAGCUCCUAGGUAUAUAAAAUGGGGGACAUGUUAGUAGAUGGGUAUGAAAUAUAUCCAGCACUUACCCACUCCCAACCUUCUCUCUCUUUCUGUUUGCAGUGCAGGUCCUGGUAGAUGGGGCACCACUUCGUAUCCAGCUGUGGGACACUGCAGGACAGGUGAGACUCGUAAAUUAAAGGAGAAUACGGGUUUGAGUUCUGAUGGGGUGCCAAUAAUGUCAGGAAGAAGGUGGUGAAAAUCUGGGUCAAAGUGAAAUUAUAAGUGGCAUUAAUAAUUGCUCUUCUACAGCACAUUUCAAGUUCUAAAGAUGUUUCAGAUACAUCACCCCUGUAAUCCUUACUACAGACUUACUAGGCCAAUCUUACCAAAUUAGGAAAAAGCCCUGCUGGAUCUCGCCAAAGAUCCAUUUAGUCCAGCAUCCUCUUCUCACAGUGGCCAACCAGAGGCCUGUCAGAAGCCUACAAGCAGGACCUAAACGCAACCAAACUCUUCUUACUUGUGAUUCGCCGGAACUGGUAUUCAGAGACAUACUGCCUCAGACAGUGAAACACAGCUAGGAUCCCUGUACCACCGCUGAGGGUAUGCAGUAUUGUCACCUGAUGAGUUUGUGUUUGAGGUAACAUUAGAACUGAGGGCUCCAGGAAUUGAAAUCUACUGAAGCCUCCACAGCCAGGGUACUGAAAAAUGUGGGGUACCUCUGUAUAGAAGUGCAGCCCUUGCUAGAGAAGCUUCCCAAGUGUUAAUUGGAACAUCUGGCUUUUUUUGCUUGGCUGAGAUCCCUCUUUGUAGUGGACCUUAAAGUCUCUCCCUUUUACCUCGGGUUAAAUGUGCUUCAGGUUGAGCGUUUUCAAGUUACGCUCCACGGCGACCCGGAAGUAACGGAGCAUGUUACUUGUGGGUUUCGCCGCUUGCGCAUGCACAGACGCUCAGAAUGACGUCACGCGCAUGCAUGGAAGUGGCGAAACGCGACACGCGCAGUCGCAUGUUACAUUUUACUCAGGAUGCGAACAGGGCUCUGGAACGGAUCCCGCUCGCAUCCAGGGGUACCACUAUACAUGGGCCAAACUGAGCUUCCUCUAGUUAUGAGAGUGGGUGCGCUACCAAGUUGUCUUUGUUUCCCUUUGGUUACACUUGGAAAGCUCAAGCUGUUUUGUUUCUUGGCUUCAGAAGGUUUGCUGGGACAAAGGAUGAAAAUGUAUGCUUUAGAGCAGGGGUCAGCAAGAUUUAUCUUGCCUGGGUUGGAUCGGUCUCGCGGAGAUCCCUCCAUGGGCUGGAUUGCAUGCGCCCGUGAUUUUUGACGUCUGUGCGUGCGCAGACGCGGUUUUCGGCAUAUGCGUCUGCGCAGAUGCAAUUUCCGGCACCAUGGAAGCAAGUCCCUGUGCCGGUUUAGCGCAGCGCGCAAGCAGGUAACUCAGUUUGGGGGCCAGUCAAAUGACCUCCGCAGGCCACUUCCGGCCCAUGGGCCUUAGGUUGCUGACCCCUGCUUUAGAGCUUUGUGGAAAAGACAGCAUUACUACAUUUUAUGAGAACCCUCUAGCCUAUCAGCCACAGCUAGUUUCUGCCGGUAUGCAUCGCAAACCAAAUUCAACAUCUCCUAUUUUUCCUCUGCAGGAAGACUUUGACUGCCUCCGUUCACUCUGUUACCCUGACACAGAUGUCUUCCUGGUCUGCUUCAGUGUUGUAAAUCCCACAUCCUUCCAGAACGUUAUGGAGAAAUGGAUCCCUGAAAUACGGACACACAAUCCCCAGACUCCCGUGGUGCUGGUGGGAACACAGUCAGAUCUGCGGGACGACGUCAAUGUGUUGAUCAAUCUGGACCACUAUCAUGCCGGGCCUGUGCCAAGAACUCAGGCCGAGGGCCUGGCUGAGAAAAUCCGGGCUCAGACUUACAUCGAGUGCUCUGCUCUGACUCAAAAGAACCUGAAGGAGGUUUUUGACACAGCCAUCAUCAGCGCAGUUGAGCACAAGGCCCAACAGGAAAAGAAAAUGACAGCCAAGGGAAUAAAAACUCUCUCCAAGUGCCGGUGGAAGAAGUUCUUCUGUUUUGUCUGA